AUGGAUUGCAUCCAUUUCACUAUCAGCGCGUACAACAACUCCUUCCGCGAAAUGAAAUACAACGCGUCCACUUUUGUGCAGGACUUCUUGCACAGUGUCGACGAGAUUUCAUUUGCCAGCAACCUUUUCUGGACAGAUGAGGCUACGUUUACACCUAAUGGUGUAUUUAAUUCGUGUAAUUCAGUGAAAUGGGCAGAUGAAAAUCCUCACGCCAUUCGUCAAAUUGCAUUUCAAUAUCGCUGGGCGAUUAACGUAUGGGCAGGUGUAAUUGAUGAGAGAUUGCAUGAUGGGGCUCCGGCACAUUUCUCCCGACGUGUGCGUGAGAUUUUAGACGACCGUUAUCCAAAUAGAUGGAUGGGUCGAGGUGGCCCAAUCGCCUGGCCACCACGAUCGCCAGAUUUAAACGUGCUCGACUAUUUUGUUUGGGGCCAUAUUAAAGCGAAAGUCGAGCAUAUGCGCGAACGUACUGAAGUCGAGGUACGCGAAGCGAUAACAGCGUUUAAUACAGUAACGCCAGACAUGAUACGCCGAGCAACACAGCAAAUUGUUCGAAGAGCCGAACUGUGCUUAGAUGCACAAGAAGGCAAACAUUUUAAGCAAUUAUUGCAUUAAAAUAAUGAGAGUGUAUUAGGCCUACUGGGGAAACCACUUAAAAAAAAACGCGCCAAGCUAUCUACCUCGGUGGUGAUGCGGAAACGAUAGCGUUUUCGUGAAUUUGCGAAGUUGGUCCAACUUUUAUUGAGAACGUUUUUGACUCUGCAAUACUAAAAAUAAGGCAGAAUAUUUUU